ACCAGGCCAUAAACUCCAAAAAAAAAAUAGAUUCCAAUCUUCAAUUGAUUAAUUUAAAUAUAUAACAAUUAACAUUUAUAAAUCAUAAUAAAUACAUUCUAUUUGAGUAGACUAUCAUAUCCAUUAUUAUUUUAUAAUUAAUUUAGGGGAUCCAUGUAAUAGCAUGUGGCGGCCAACCUUGACUAUUUUCCGUAAGGUAAUCUUACCUUCUCUGAAAGAAAACACAUUUUCCAAAGUCUUAUAUUCAACUAAAACCAAGCUCCCUAAAUCAACGGCAAAAUUAACAUUGGUGAGCGCUAGUGUUGGAAUAUUGAUAGGUGCCGGCUAUGGAGGUUACACACAUUACAAAGUAAAUGUUAAAAAAAGAAAUAAUGUCAUUGAAACUGAUGAAUAUGCCUUUUUAAAAGAAGCACCAGAAUACAAAGCUCAUUACAAGGUUUUGAAUGAGACAGACUCUAGCAAUUUACAACUUAUUUUGUUUCAAUAUCGUACAUGCCCAUUUUGUUGCAAAGUAAGAACAUAUUUAGAUGCUAAAGGAAUCAGCUAUGAAGUUGUUGAAGUUGAUGCUGUUCUCCGACAAGCAAUAAAAUGGUCAGGUUAUAAGAAAGUGCCUAUUUUAUUAGCAAAAGUAGAAGAUGGUUAUCAGCAAUUACUUGAUAGUACUGCAAUUAUAUCUGUCCUUGAAACAUAUCUCCGGGAUAAAUCAAUGCAGUUAAGAGACAUCAUAAAAUAUUAUCCCACAACCCGGUAUACCAAUGAUUCUGGAAAAGAUGUAACAGAUAUAACCAAUAAAUAUUUUGUUAUGUUAAAUAGCACAACAAGUGAAAAAAAUAAUUUUUUUGAAAUGGAAGAGCGGGACUGGAGGAAAUGGGCAGAUUCUGUAUUGGUUCACACAUUGUCACCUAAUGUCUACCGAACAACUGAAGAAGCUAUUGAGACAUUUAAAUGGUUUGAAGUUGUUGGUGGUUGGAGGGAAUCUUUCCCAGCUUGGGAAGUUGCACUUAUGGUUUAUGGUGGUGCAGCUGCAAUGUGGAUAAUUUCAAAGAGGCUUAAAAAGAGACAUAACAUUAAAGAUGACGAGCGUCAGUCAUUAUAUGAUGCAGCCAAUGAUUGGAUGUCAGCCAUUCAAAAGAAAGGCACUAUUUAUCUUGGUGGUAAUACACCUAAUUUGGCAGAUAUAAGCGUAUUUGGUGUACUGUGUAGUAUUGAGGGAUGUCGAGCUUUUGAAGACUUGAGGCAAAACACAGCAAUUGGUAAUUGGUUUGAUAAUAUGAAAAAACACUUAGAGACCACUAAAGGGAGGGUUAUACCCCAUUAAUAAAGUAUUUUUGACAUAUAUAUACAAAAUAAUUUAGGGCAUAACAUUCUACAGCCAUUCAUAGAGUCCUCACAUAUAUUUUACCAUCUUCAAUACAGCUAGUGUGGUAAUCAAUUUGAUUUGUCCUGGAUAAAAUAUACUAUUUUGUAAAUGGUGAACUAAAUUUAAUUAUUAUUAAUUUAGCUAUUCUGUAACAAUUAAUUAAAUAUUUGCGAUAAGGGAGACGCUAUCCAGGCCUCAGGGAUCAUAUUAAAAUUAUCUCACAUUAUAAUUAUCAUGAAAUAAAACUUAUUUUUACUCUAAAACAGAUCUUUUCUCGUGCAUGGCUAUUUUAGUAUUAUAUUUAAUAUACAUAUAAUUAUAAUUUCGCGAGCCUUGUAUAACGAAGCGCGCAAGUAGUGUAUAUUUUAUAAAAUCCUACCAUAAGCAUAUUAAGUUCAGUUGAGUUCAGAAAAAAAAUUUGUUAAAAUAUGCCACAAUUUGUAUUUUCCAAAGAAAUUGUUAAGUUUUAUUAAUAAGUUGUAUUUUAGUUUACAUGCCUUGAUUAUAACAUAUUUACAUUAUAUGUAGUUAAAAGAAUAAAUGUAAAUUUGUAA